CGCGAAAGAAGUAAAACCGAUACCAACUUGGUAUCAGCUUCCAAACACGAAGAGAUUUUGCGUAAAAUCGAAACACUCAAUGCCGUCACGGAUAGUAAUCGUGUGCUGCGCGAAGAACGCAAUGCUCUAACGCAACGCGUUAAGGAAUUAAAUGAUCGCAUUAGCGCCUUGGAGGAUGAAUUGUUCCCAUUGCAAAAUCAAAAUCGUGAUCUGAACACGAAGAUUGAAGAAAUACAAUCUGAAAAUAGUAGUCUCCGCACCGAAGCAUUGAAAUGGCGUCAACGAGCAAAUGUUUUGGUUGAGAAGAGUAAUAAGAAUCCCGAAGAAUUUAAACGUCUCCAAUCGGAACGUGAAAAUCUGGCUAAAAUGUUAACAGCCGAAAAGGAACAAAUUAAAUCGCUCACUGAGGAGCUGCAGGCUCUGAAGGGAGACAAAACCAAAUUUGAUGGUGAACUGGCUUCGUUGGAGAGACAGGUCCAUAUGUUAACCGAAGAGAAGAAGAGUUUGACAGCUGAUGUCACAACCAUGAAGGUAACCAAUUCUCGCCUAAUGCAGGAGGUUAUGGAAAUGAAAAAUAAACUCCUGGCCAAAGAAGAAGCUGUUCAGAAAAUCACCGAAGAUUUGGAAGCUAAGGAACAUCAAUUGCAAGAUUCCAAGAACAAGGAGGUGCAAAUACGUAAAAUUGCCAAACGUUAUAAGGAUUCCUAUUUGGAGUUGUUGAAUAAGACUCCAGCUUCGGCAGCAGGUGGUGAAGGAGGAGCAAAUGCCAAUGCAUCAGGUCAAGAGAAUAUAGAUGCUACCGCUGGGGCCGGCAACGCUGCUGGUGAAGGUGCUGCCACUGCCUCAAAUGCUGAAUUGGAACAACAUCGCUCAACAAUUGAAAACUUGAAUGGUGUGAUUCGUACAAUGCAGGAAGAAAACGAAAAGAUCCGCAAGGACUAUGAAGAGCUCAAGGCUUCCGUUGAGAUUGAUGAACGUACGAAGACAUUGUUGCGUGAGGCCAAGAGCCACAUUGUCAAUUUGACAGAAUCGCGUAAUGUGGUUAGCACUGAAUUGGCUGCCACCAAAACAAAAUUGUUGCAAAAUAAUGAAGCUCACGAAGCUAAAAUUAAUGAACUGCAGUCGCAAUAUGAUGCCACAUUGCAGAGAUUAGAGCGUGAGCUAUUAGAACAGAAUAAUCGCAACAAGGAAGAUGUACAACGUCUGACCAGAGAAAAUGAAUCGCUUAUAAUACGCAUCAAUCAAUUAAAUCGCCAGCUGGGCUUACAGCAAUCCGCCAAACCGUCCACAAGCUCUGUGGCCAUAUCCGAUAAGGGUACCAUAUCUGAUUCCUCGCCCAGAACUGCAAAUGUCAAACCCAUGUCUGGUACCGCAUCGGUACAACAAUCCGCCACGGUAACACCAUGGCGUGGUGGUGAGACACCAUUGGCCAGUAUACGACCAAUUUCUGUGCAGAACACCCGAACUGCAGCCAUCUUGCCCACAUCUCAACAAAGUUCUGCAGGAUCCACAGCUGUUGUGGCUGGUACUUCCACAUCGACUUCGUCCACUUCGUCGACCUCCACACCAUCUUCAACACCAAGUUCGGCGACGGGAAGCAGCAACACUGCUUUGGUGCCACCACAACAACAAGUCCAUACCACAGGCAGCGCCUCUUUGGAAACUAUGUCCUCUUCGCCCACAUCAUCACACACUGACUACAUGCCCUCAACUAGCAGCUCAGCCUCGGUGGCUGUUGCUGCCAUACCACCGAUGGGUUCGGCUGCCUCAGCUGCAGAGAGCUCCCAGGAAGCUGAAAGUAUCCAGCAACCCCAACAAAAUGAACCCCAGCCACAUGUCAGUGGUGGCAAUGUAAACCAGGUGCAAGUGGUGGCAUUAGUUUCUCCGCGAGUUGAAGGUUCCAGUGCAGCCCCCUCCGCACCCUCUGUAACAGUUCAAUUAAUGCAAGAUCCCAAUAACCCACAACCCAGUACAUCUCAGUCAUCAUCGGCCAUGUGUUCCUCUCACAUUGCUGUAAGUAGUCACAAUCGACAUACACCUUCCAGCAGCAAUGUGACCACCACUCAGGCGGGUACCUCUGCCGGUCACAAACGUCCACGUGAAUUGGAAGGAGAUUCGUCGACCACGGGAGAUGAUGCCGACAAGGGGACAUCAUCCAAACAUCCAAAACGGAUGAGGGCUCCCAUGCAUAGUGCAGAGGCUGCUGUAAUGACUGCUGCCGGUGUUUCAGAUUCGGGCAUCGAUGUUGACCAGGUACCUACCUCUUCGCAAAGGGAUCAGGAAGAUGAUGUAGUGGUGUUAGAUUCUGAGGAAGAUGAUGGUAUGGCUGAGGCGGAGGCCGAUGAAGGUGGUCCCGCCGAUGCUGAUGGUGAACAUGAAGUCUACGAGGAUUAUGAUCAAGAUCAGGAUAUGGAUGAAAAUGAAUGUCCCGAGGCCAACGAAGGAAAUGCUGAAUUGGGUGAAGCCGAUAACAAUGAAGUUGAUGUUGAUGAGGAUAUGGAGAAUAAUGGUCAAUGUAGUUCCGCUGGUGCUGUGGGACAAGCUGAUGCUGAUCCUUAUGCCACGGGUGCCAGUACAAGUGCAGCAGCUGCUGCUGCCUUGGCCAAGGCCCAUAGCCAGGAUAAUAAUCAACAAAGUCAGGCCAUAAGCAGUGGUAGUGGCGAGACUCCGGUCAGAAAGCAAACCAACACAUUGAGUCGCCAACAGAAAGCCACAUUGGUGAAAUUGCAACAGGGAGCCCAAGGAGGAGCAGGAGAGGCCGGCAAUAAUGAAACAUCAGAAACUUCAGCGGCCAGGCGUUCGGAAAGUUCUGAAAUUGUCAGUUCUCCACAAGAUUCCAAAUUUGGUUAUGGCACCACGGAUACGACUACCACCACCUCAAAUACUGCUCAACAAUCUGAUGAUGUGUCAGCCGAUGUGGGUCAAGAAAAUCCUGAUGUUGCAGCCGAUGAUAGUGAAGCUGGUGCAGGGGGAGAGUUUUUAGGCGAAGAAUACGAUGAUGAAAAGAAGAGUGGUGAUGUUACCUCUGAAGAAGCUCAAAAAGGUUUAAAUGAAGAGGGUGUUGAAGGCGAAGAGGAUGAUUUCAAUGAAGAGGGCGGUGAAUCUGUUGAGGCAUCCGAAAAUGUAGACAGUGAAAGUCACCUAAGCAGUGGAGCCACUCAAUCAGAAGAUGUACAACAAAAUCAAAUUGAAGCCACCUCAGAAGAAAAUGAAGGUGCCGAUGGAGUUUCCUCCGAAGGUGAAAAACAAGCUGUUGAAGAAGUAGAGGAAGAAGGACGUGAAGCUGAAGCCUCCACAUCACCCUCCAUUAAUACACGAUCCAAGGCCACCAAGGGUAUGACAGCGAAUCGUAGACCACAACGUGGUUUCCAUCGUGGUGGUGGUGCCAACAGGCCCACACCCAUUGUCUGGCAGGAAUCACCGGGUAAUUCACAACGCAACACUUCUCCCAGUCAGCGGGGCCAACAAGAUCAACAACAGCAGCAACAAGGUGGCAGUCCAGCCCGCGGCGGUUUUGGCAAUCAACGGGGCCAAAGAGCCCGUCGCAUGAGACGGCCUGCUGGCAAUUUUACAAAUAGAUUUUAAAU